CUAUUGUGUUUGUGCACGAUGCCGUGUAAGACCGCCUUCAAGCCACAAACCAGCUGAAGCCAAACCGAGGCGCCUAGCGGUGAAGCCCGCCCACUGAGACUCGAUAAGAGUGCAGUGUUGCCAGAUUGGGCCAUAUUUCUCGCCCAAUCUUGCAACCCUGAAAGAGACAGCAGACCCAAAAGAAGCCAGAGUCUCACGGAGCACCACGACACAGAGCCCCUUUUCCCAGAAGAUGGGUAGCUUCUGCCUCCUACGGACCCGGUUUCUCCUCCGCCCGUUCGUACCCUCCGCCGCCAUGCAGCGUACAUACAGCCUCGACGUGUCCCCCGAGUUGGUGCGGAACCAGGCGUACAUCGACGGCCGCUGGACCUCCGCCGCUGCCGACUUCCCCGUCCUGGACCCGGCCAGCGGGGCGCUGAUCGCCCGGGUGGCGGACUGCGGUCCCGCGGAGGCCAAGCAGGCCGUGGACGCGGCGUACAAGGCGUUCCACACCUGGAAGCAACAAACCGCGAAGGAGCGCAGCGACCUUCUGCGGCGGUGGUAUGAACUGAUGGUGAAGCACAAGGACGAGCUCGCCCGGAUCGUCACCUUUGAAUGCGUGAGUGACGCAGUGGCGGCGCCAGAGAUUUUUUCUUGCUGGUCCUUCAGUGGGUCUGAGACUCUUGAGUUAUUCAGUGAUGGUGCUGAGGGAUGUACUGUGCGGUAUUGCAAAUAUAUAUUCGCAAGGCAAGACCGCAUACCCCCUAGCACUAGUCAGGGGCGUUGCGAGGUAGUUCAUGGACCUAUUAAAGGCACUAGUAGCAGCUUCAUCCUCCACGUUCUCUUCUUGUUCCUCUUCUUCGCCCUCAAACUCCUUCGGUGA